UAUUUUCCCAUUCCCAAAUUCCCCAAAACGCCUCAAAUUCAAUUCAGCUCAACCUUCGCCCUAAUUCCUCCCCAAUUGCCGGAAUGAUUUCCCGUUCGUCGUUCUAGCAAUAACUGUAAUAACUGAAAUGGCUUCGAUUUGGACUCUACACGUCGGCGCGACGUCGUUCCUUCCUGUUCGAAGUUUGUCGGAUGGACAUCAAUCUCGGUCGGAAUUUGGAUUGGAUAGUAAGUUUAGUAACUGUUCGAACUGGAAUCGAAGAGCUGCGUACAGAACAUUGGUGGUGAAGGCACUAGAUUCUGAUGGUGGCGAUAGGCCCCUCCAAAACGACGUAGUUGUUGUCAGAAAGCUGGAGGAAGACAAUGUGAAGAAACCCCAGCAAAAUAUAGUUGCUAAAUUGCCAGAAACAAUUGGUUCUCUUCCCGUGUUUGUCUACUCGACUGGAAAACUUUCUGGUACGAAUCUCGCUAUCGGAUUAUGCAUUGUGGCAACAAUGUUAGUUAUUGUGGUGAGAGGUUACGCAACAAGGAAGUCAAGCGAAAAUCGUGCAGGAUCUGUAGCUGAUCUUGUUCGCCGCGGACAAGUUCGAUCAGAUAGAAGAGGCAUCUCCACGCCUCUCAAAUACGAAGACCCGUUUAAUAACCCUAUGGUGAAGGUUAGCAAAAGCAAUUCAACUGUUGAGAUGUGUGGGAAAGUGUACCGCUUAGCUCCAGUGGUUCUUACGGACGAGUUACAAACAGUACAUCAAAAACGAAGAUCGCGUGCAUAUCAGUGGAAGAGACCUACAAUAUUUUUAAAGGAAGGAGAAUCGGUACCCCCCGAUGUAGACCCUGAUACUGUAAGAUGGAUACCCGCAAAUCAUCCCUUUGCAACAACUUCUAGUGAUAUUGAUGAAGACUUGGCUCAAAACAAUGUUCGUCAGAAGCAUGGUGUUCCUUUCCGUAUCAAGGCCGAACACGAGGCACUGCAGAAAAAACUCGAAGCACUACAAAAUGACCAAAAGCUGAGCAAAUUAGUGAUAGAUCCUGGUGCAGCAAGAGACUUCGAGAGGCCAAUGAAAUCAAACAAUUUGAAGUCGGAAACUCAAGUUGACCAGAGCACCUCAAAUCCUGCUAUAUCCGAUCAAGUUAGUAAACCACCGCCCGAGGAGACGAUAAACCCUUGAGUAUUCAUCUUAGCAGCAAAUGCGGAUUUUUUCGAUGGAGACUGAGAAUUACAUGUUUAUUUCUUUACGUGGGCGAUUCUGAAAGUUUUAUGUUGUGAAACUUGAUCUGAUGUAAAUAGAUUUUGUGUUGGUUCAUGGAUUCACUUUUUUUUAAUGUU